AUGUUCUUGACGCGUUCUGAAUAUGAUCGAGGUGUUAACACCUUCUCGCCAGAGGGUCGUCUGUUCCAAGUCGAAUAUGCUAUCGAGGCAAUUAAACUUGGCUCGACAACUGUCGGUAUUCGAACACCUGAAGGUAUAGUUCUUGGAGUAGAGAAACGCGUACAAUCACCUCUACUGGAAUCGAGUUCGAUCGAGAAAAUUAUGGAAAUUGAUAACCACCUUGGCUGCGCUAUGUCUGGACUCACAGCCGAUGCCAGAACUAUGAUCGACCAUGCGAGAGUCACUGCUCAGAACCAUGCCUUCACUUACGAUGAAAAGAUCAAGGUUGAGAGUGUAACACAAGCCGUUUGCGAUCUUGCGCUGAGGUUCGGAGAGAGCGUUCAUGAUGAAGAAGCCAUGAUGAGUAGGCCGUUUGGUGUUGCACUUCUUAUUGCUGGGAUCGAUGAACUCGGCCCUCAACUAUACCACACUGACCCGUCAGGAACCUUUGUACGAUAUGACGCCAAGGCUAUUGGAUCAGGAUCAGAAGCUGCGCAGAGCGAACUACAAGAUAAAUGGCACAAGCAAAUGACACUGCGGGAGGCACAACUACUGACUCUAAGCGUGCUCAAGCAAGUGAUGGAAGAAAAGCUCGACCAACACAACGUACAGUUGGCCCAGGUGACGACGUCCAAAGGCUUUGAAAUUUUGGAUGAGGCGAGCCUGAAGGAUGUUAUUGAAGCCAUGUAA